GAGUCAGUUUGGACAUUGCCUGACGAAACAGGUGGUGGCACUGCAUCGGCGGACACGACAACGGACCGAACAGAUACUCGUGCUGCAUUUAAGGCCGAGAUAGUGAAAUAUGUUGGCGGCAUCAUGGAGCCAAUUCGAAAGCUGAAGUUUGCUUCUGCCGAUGACUAUAAAUAUGUUUUGCGAAAGGUGAGUUCAUGA